AUGUCGAGGGAAACAUCAAAAGAUGAUUUUUACAAAACUAAUAAAUAUGGACACUCCAUAGAAGAAAGUAAGAACAUUUAUAAAGAGAGCUAUGAAAGUGAUUUGAAUAAUGAGCUGGAAGAAAAAGAAAAUAAAAUGAAAAAUAGAAAAAGAAGAAAUGCUUCAUCAUCGUUUCAUAAUUCAUUUAAUAGAAAUAAUAUAAGUAUUAAUAAAGAUAAUGGUUAUAAUAAUAUUAGGAAGAUAAAAAAUAAAUACGGUGAUGAUUAUUUCCCCUUUAGGUUUUAUAAGAAUAUAAAUAAUUAUAAAUGUUCAAACGUGAAUAAAUAUAAUUAUAAAGAUAAAUAUAAAUAUGAAAAAGGUUAUACAUCUAAGAAUACCAAAAUUUGUAACUUCAGAAAUAAUCGCAUUAAAACAUAUAAAAAUACUUAUCAUAAUAUAAUAAAUUUUAUAAAAGAAAAUAGAAAUGAUAUGAAAAAAGUUCGAUAUUUUUUAUUUUUAAGAGCAUAUGAAAAUUCUGAAUUAUUUCAAAUAAAUAAACAAAAUAAAAAAGAGAAACAUAAUUUAAGAAAACAUAAUAAAUGUAUAGAUAUUAAAGAUGCCAAAGAAAAAGAACGAUUAAAAUUAUUAAAAUUAUUAAAAAGCUAUGAUAUAAAAUAUGAAGGAUAUACCGAUUUAUAUACAUUAUGUAAUUAUUCUAUAUAUUAUGAGGAUAAAAAAUUAGUAGAAGAAUUAUUAAAUAAACAAAAUUGUAAUAAUUUCUUUUAUUAUUUAGUUAGUAUAGGUAUAUCAUAUAAUGAUAUUAUACAUAUGGCGAGUGUAUUUGAAAAUAUGGAAUAUUUAAAAUAUGGUAAUCUAUAUAUGCUCCCAUGGAUAUAUAAGAAAUUAAAUAAAUUUUAUAAUUUUGAUGUUACUACAUUUAUAUUACAUUGUAUUAUAUAUUCUAUUUCUACAUUAAAUUCAUCUUUAUUUUUAUUUAUUAAAUAUAAAACAUUUGCUAUCAUAUUCCCAUUAUUUAUAACUUAUCUUUUAUUAUCGACACCUUUAGUAUUACAAGAAAUAAAUUCCGGACGUUUUGUAUUAGAUGGAUGUAUUUCAUUCUUCUGGUCAAUAAAUAAUUACCAUCUACCUAUAGGAAUAAUAUUAAUAAUAUCAUAUAUUCUCUCUAUAAUCAAAUGUAUAGAUUUUAUCUCUCUACACCUUCUAUACCUUUCUAGUUAUCUUUUCGAAAACAACCCUUGGAUAUAUAAAAAUAUUGAUUCUAAAAUAUGUUCGAAAUUUAACGGCAGCAAAAAUAUAUGUGACUUUUCAAGAAAUAUAUGUUACUAUAAUGAUCAAACGAAUAUAUGUGAAAUAAAUAAGAUAAAGUUGGGAACCAAAAUUUAUGAUAUGCUCCUGAACAAAUAUAUCCCUCCAAAGAGUGAGAAAUUUCCAAUACUUGUUAUUCUCGCUUCCUUCCUUUCUUUAAUUCUUUAUAAUGCUUUUUCAAAAUAUAAGACAUCUCACAAAUUUCUUAAAAUAUUUCUCUUCCUUUUAAUAUCCCUUUUUUUGAUGAACAUAAUAACAGUUUGGGAUUUUACCCUUUUCGAAUUCCUACUCUCUGAUUUUAACUUUAAUAAAAUUGUGGAUAUUAUUUUAAACUAUGAAGUCUGGAUAUUGUGUAUGCUACACUGUAUUGUUAACUUGUCCAUACAUUCAGGAUUAUAUUUCUACACCUCCAAAGGGUUAAGACUUGGAAUAAAUGUAGUAAAAUCCACAUAUAUCAUCACAUUAUCGUGUUUUCUUGUUGAUAUGUUAAUUUUUGUUGCUUUUUCAAAUAUUAUUGGAAAAUAUUUAAAAGAUAUUAAUAGAAAUUAUAGUUUUUUAUUAAAAUUAAUAAAAAAGAAUAUAUUUUAUAUACUAAUCCCAGUAGGAAAUAAUUUAUAUAAUAAAUUUACAUUAUUUUUAGGUAUAUAUCUUGGUAUAAUAUUUUUAACAUUUCUUUUAUUAUCAGCAUCUAAAAGAAUAGAUAUAUUAUUUUUAUCCAUAAAUGAUAUGUACCCCUUAAAUUCAAAGAAACAUAUAACUAUAGUAUGGAUAGUUAUUUUUUUUAUAUAUAUUAAUUAUAUAUUUCUUGAUAAUGAAAUAAGAUAUAUCUUAUGUCAAUAUGUAUACCAAUUAAUUACGUUAUUAAUUUUAUUUUACAUUAAUUUUAAUUUCUUCUGGUUGAGUGGAAUUAAAGAAACUGUAAACAAGCUGGGAAAGCUGCCCUUAAUCUCUAAAUUUUUCUUCACAUUCUUAAAUGAAUUCUCUUUAUUAUAUCUAGAAAUUAUAUAUAAUGUCAAAUAUAGAAUUUCGUUUUUUUUUAUAAGACAGUUUAUAAAUAUAUUAAUUAUACCUCUACUCUCUAUGCUUAUAUCUAGUUACUUAUCUAAUAUGCGAAAAAAGAGGAAAACCAAAGUCAAAAAGGGAAUAAAAUAUAUACUGCAAAAUAGCUACUCCUUAGCCAUAGAAUAUACCAGCAAGAAUAAAAACAUACAACUAGAAUAUAUACAAAAAAUGAAGUACACAAAAUGGUUUAAUAUAUAUAUAAUAUUUUUUUUGAAAUAUAUUGGUUUGGAUAUCAUUUUAAUGUGUAUCGUGUAUGUAGGAAAUAAAUUGUGUUCACAAAACGAAAUAUAUUUGAAAAAAAGAAAUAUUAAUAUUUUAUUAAGUCAAUAUUUCCUUUUUAUCAUAUUCCUUUUAUAUGUUUAUAUUUCCUAUAUAAAUAUACCUCUAUUGCACAUCAUAAAAAGGAAACUCUUUUUCAAACCCAAUAAUUUUAAUGUCUUAGAUUAUCCUGUAUCCUUCGAAAAAAUAAAACACCAAAAAAAAAAUUCCCUCUUUAGUGAAUUUAUAAAUAUGUAG